AUGACGUCAAUACCCCGUGCGAGACAGAAUCAUAUCUUCGCAAGCGGGUCGGCUAAUAACAAAGCUGCUCAGCUAAGCAAUGCGUAUCAAGAACUAGGCAAAGAAUUGGCAUCUGAUAAACUCAAAGUGGUCGGCGGAUAUACGUUGGGAAGGAUCAUCGGUGAAGGAACCUUCGGCUCCGUUCACCUCGCAACCCACCGUCUCACUGGCACCCGAUGCGCAAUCAAGAAAAUCCCAAAAACCUCCACCUCUCAACUCACACGGGAAAUACAUCACCAUCGACGUUUACAUCAUCCCAACAUUGUUCAUCUACACGAGAUCAUAGCUACCGAAUCUCACAUUUGGCUAGUCACGGAAUUAUGUAGCGGGGGAGAGUUGUUCGACUAUCUGGUGGAAAGGGGACGGAUGUUGGAAGGUGAAGGAAGGAGAUUAUUUGGAGAGUUGACGGUGGCUGUAGGAUUGAUGCAUAAACAAGGAGUGGUGCAUAGAGAUCUGAAGUUGGAGAAUGUGUUGUUGGAUGGUGAAUUGAAGAUCAAAUUGGGCGAUUUGGGAUUUGCUAGGGAAUGUCAGAAGGGUAGGUUGAUGGAUACUUUUUGUGGGACCACGGGCUACGCGAGUCCCGAAAUGCUCGCUGGGAGGAAAUAUCUAGGAGAAGAGACCGACGUAUGGUCAUUGGGCAUAAUUCUCUAUUCUCUCCUCUGUGGAGGUUUACCGUUUGACAGUGAUGAUGAGAGGGAGAUGAAACAUUUGAUCUUGAAGGGGGUGUAUGACGAACCGGAUUGGUUGAGUCCCGAAGCACGCUCCCUCAUCCGAGACAUGCUUCAACAAGAUCCCUCGAAACGUCUCACCAUCGAAGGGAUCCUAUCCCACCCAUGUCUUGGAAUCACAACAUCAUACGCUAGAAAUGCAACAUUCGAAUACUAG